AAAAAUAAACCGAGAACGAGGCUGCCAGGAGUGAGUAGUCGUGGCCAGUUGUCUACCAGCACGGCGACUCGAUCCGUCGACCCCUGGCUUCGUCGUCGCUGUUUUUUGUCACCUGUUGGUAGUGUAUAGCAGUAAAAACAUUCCCGAUACGACCACCACGUCGACCAAGGAUCAGAGGAAGAAGCGAGUAUACAACAAAAUUGCUUACAUAAUGGAGUGAAAUGUAUUUUGUGAACUGACUGACCAUAUAUAUAUAUAUAUAUAUAUAAUAUAUACACAUAUACAUACAUACAUACAUAUAUAUAUAUAUGUGUGUGAUGUAGAUAUAUAUACAUCCGUAUAUAUAUAUAAUAUAUAUAUAUACUAUCAUUCUGUAUUAUCUGCAUCAACAUGGCUAGUUGUACUGCUGCAGACCAGACAAAUUCUGGCAAGGAUUGUUCCGAAAGCGAAACAGAAUUGGUGAAGGAGGAAGCAGCCAAAGUAGACAAGAAGAAGGUGGAGGCUGGAGAGGAUGGAGACGAAGAAGCGAAAGUCUCUGCUGACCGGCUCAGCCCCCAGGAUGAGGAAACAGAGAAGCAAGUUGUUCUGGCCAGCAGACACAUCACCAUGGCUCUAACCAAAUCCAGUGCCAUCGAGAAAUAUUUCUCCACCUGUCUUUUAGAUGAAGAAGAUGAAGCUCGCUUUGCAGACUUUGACUCGGAGUUGCCGGAUUUCCUCAGUCGGACGUUCUUCAGUCAAGAUGCUAAAUUCUUCUUCCUGAUAUUCACUGCCUUCCUAUUCUUUUCUGUUCUAAUUCUCUUCAUGAUCCAGGCAAACUGUGCUUGGCAUAACAAUCAGUUACUUGAACUGCUCGGACGAGAAGAUUUCACGCAAGAUUUCUUUUACCUUCAUUACUAUGAGAUGCCAGAGAGACGAGCCAGUCCAGGACUCCGAGUCAACACAAGCUGCUUCGUGCACUAACCCCACACACAGACACACACAGACAUUCCCAUUUGCUGUAUAACAAACCCCAUUUUGUGCAAACGCGAAACAAUAAAGGAACUCUACUAGUAAUAUUUGAAAGAC